AUGGCCCCGCAGCAACUAGUCCCCCAGACAGAGAAUAUCGCAGACGUCUACGCGACGGACGAUGCCUCGGCUCUGUCAGUUGCCCCUGAGAACAAGGCUCGCUGGCAGAACCUCGUCAAACAAUUCAUUCAGACCUAUGGGAAGAAGCCCGACUUUGUGGCACGCAGCCCCGGCCGCGUCAACAUCAUCGGCGAGCAUAUCGACUACAACCUCUACGACGUCCUGCCCACUGCCGUCAGCGUGGAUGUCAUUAUAGCUGUCAAGGUGCUUCCAACAGAGGGCUCCGAAGCAACGGUCAAGAUAUCGAACGUCAAUCCCCAGAAAUUCCCCUCCCGCGAGUUCGGAGUCCCCGUCGACAAGGACAUCGUCAUUGACCCCAAGAAACACGAGUGGAUCAAUUAUUUCAAAGCAGGUCUGGCUGGAGCAUUGAAGUUCCUUCGCAAGGAUAACCCGGCCGUGAAACCGGCUUCUCUCGAGAUUCAUCUUGACGGCAAUGUGCCCCCCGGUGGAGGUAUAUCUAGCAGUGCUGCGUUCGUCUGCGCCAGUGCAUUGGCUGUCAUCAAGGCAAAUGGCAUCAAUGUGUCCAAACAGGACCUUUUAGACUUGGCCGUCGUUUCUGAACGCGCCGUCGGCGUGUACUCCGGAGGAAUGGACCAGGCUGCUUCCAUCUUCUCCGAGCGCGGGUUUCUCCUUUACACCAAGUUUUUCCCAAAGUUCUCCGUCGAGCACGUGCCAAUCCCAACUGCCGAUGAGGAAAUUGUUUUCCUGGUUGCUCAGAGCUUCAUUACCUCCAACAAGGCCGAGACUGGCCCUCGCCACUAUAACCUUCGUGUGGCCGAAUGUACAUUAGCCGCCGUGGUGUUAGCCAAGCAGCAUGGCAUCGUCCUGGAGAAGGAUAACAGUUCCCUGGGUUACAGUCUGCGGAAUUUCCAUGAAGAGCUCAUGCGUAAGCAAGGCCGGCUUCAAGUUCCCCUGGAAGACCAGCUCGAUUCUGUCAUCCAGACCACUACCGAGAUACUCUCUCAGGAGCAGGGAUAUACACGCGAGGAAAUAGCCAGUCUGCUAGACAUAACCGUGGCUGAACUGGAAUCCCGUUUCCUCUCAUCCUUCCCUGUCGAAGCAGAACGGUUCUUACUCCGACAACGUGCUCUACAUUGCUUCAAUGAGGCUCUUCGUGUGCUCGACUUCAAGGCCUGUCUCUCGCAGGCGGACAAGCUUGACGCCAAACGCAUUCAAUAUCUUGGCCAGUUGCUGAAUGAAACCCAAGAAUCAUGCCGCAAGGACUACGAAUGUAGCUGUCCCGAGGUCGAUGAAAUAUGUGAAAUUGCUCGGCGAGCCGGUGCUUGGGGCAGCAGGCUGACUGGCGCAGGAUGGGGUGGAUGUACGGUGCACAUGCUGCCGAAGUCCAAAGUGGAGGCUGUCAGCCAGGCAUUGAAGAAUGAGUAUUAUUCUAAACAAUCGGGUCUUUCCCAGGAGCAGCUGGCCCAGGCUAUUGUUAUAAGCAAGCCAUCUAAUGGGUCUUUCUUGUGA